AGUAAAGAAAGGACAUAUAAAACAACAAAGAUGCUUUUGAGCCAGAAUGUCUCAGCGGUUGGACCACUUAAUUUGUAUCCCAUGGUGCACAUCAGCCUCAUGUUUGGUAUUUCGUAUGUUUUGCCUGAUUUUUCAGAUGAAUCUUGCACUUUAAAGAUGACAUUACGAAAUUUGCAGUCAAUCUUAUCAUGGGAAUUAAAAAACCAUUCAAUUGUACCAACUCACUAUACAUUAUGGUACACCAUCAUGAGUAAACAAGAAGAUAUGAAGAUCGUUGGGGACUGUACAAAUAUCACAAGAUCAUUCUGUGACCUAACAGAUGUGUGGGUAAACAUGACAGAGAUGUACAUCCCCAAAGUGGUUGGAUUCAGAGGGAACGCAGUGCUGGUCAGUUGUAUGGGCUCUUUCUUCCUGGCAAUGGACACACUGCCUUUGGACCCACCAGAGUUUGAGAUUGUUGGUUUUACAGACCACAUCAGUGUGAAUGUGAAAUUUCAGUCUGUCGCUCCCAAGAUACUAAAUGAGGAAGAAUCACAGUUUUACUUAGCAUUAAUUGAAGAACAAUCAGGGGGGACCGUUAAGAAGCAUAAACCUCAAAUAAAUGGAAACGUCACUGAAAAUUUCAGUUAUAUCAUCGAAAAGUUAAUUCCAAAAACAAACUACUGUGUAUCUGUUUAUUUUGAGCCUAAACAUCCAAGAAAAAUAAAUAGAUCUCCCUUAAAAUGUACCCUCUUUCAACCUGGAUGGGAAUCAGAGUCAUCAGAAUCUGCCACAAUAGGAGGAAUAAUUACUCUGUUUUUAAUAGCUGCUGUCGUCAUAAGCACUGUAAUGAUGCUGAAACGGAUCGGUUACAUAUGCUUAAGAAAUGAUUUCCCCAAAGUUUUGAAUUUUUAUAAAUUGUCAGUCUGGGUAUUUCCCGAGCUGCCUCCGUUGGAAAAAGUGGCUACCGUGGAGGUCAUUCACAUCAACAGAAAGAAGAAAGUGUGGAAUUAUAAUUAUGAUGAUGAAAGUGACAGCGAUAAUGAAGCAGCCCCCCAAAUAAGCGCAGGUGGUUACACCACACACGGGCUAACGGGCAGGCUGUGGCCCGCCUCUGUGUCCUCGGCCACCUUGGAGGACUGCAGUGACCUGGCUGCUGAGGAGCGUGACCUGCCCGAGCCUGAGGCUGAUGCUGAGGCCCUGAUGGCACCAGGGCCCAGCCCCUGGCAGUCGGAAUGCACAAGUAGGGGCUACCAGGGCAGAGGGAAUCUGCUGCAGGGCCCCUUUUCCGAGGAGGACAGCAGCCCCACGGAGGGGUCUGGGGACAGAAUUGUCUUCAAUGUGGAUUUGAACUCUGUGUGUGUGAGGGCCCUUGAGGACAACGAUGACUCAGAAGUCACUCUGAUGUUACCAUCUGGUCCAGAAGAGACAGUUGUGCUAGAGGACCCCGAAGAGACAGAAUCGAACCUUCUUCUGGUGGCCAGUGGAGAAGGGACACAGCUGCCCUUCCCCGGCCCCUCUGCGGAGUAUCCGUGGUCUGAAGAUGCUCCUUCUGAUAAAAGUGACACUUCUGAGUCGGAUGUUGACAUGGGGGAUGGUUAUGUAAUGAGAUGAAUGAAUCAAGAAAUAUUUAAUUAA